GAGUGGUGUGAUGUAUUUCAUUUGCUAUUUUUGCUAAAGGAGAGCUAACGAAUCCCAUAGCUUUUCUUUUUUUACAUUUUGACGUGUUGCUUCCUCUUCCCGUAAAUGUGAUUUUCAUUUUGAUGCACUACAGUCACUCUCACACUCACCAUGAGCCAAUGUAACACUUCCAGUUCUUGGGACUCUGAAAUUCUAACCGAAGCAGUGGCUCCCAGUGUGGUUCUGGGCCUCUGCUUCCUUAUCGGUGUCCCUGGAAACAUCACGGUGAUCGUGGUGAUACUUCGUCAUUUCAAGCAGGAGAACUUCACCAUGAAGCUGCUGCUGAACCUGGCCGCCUCUGACAUCUUGUGCCUCAUCAGUCUGCCAGUGUGGAUCUAUGAGCUUUUCUACGGCUGGAGUUUUGGCAACAUUGGCUGCAAACUGAUGAUGUACAUGGUCUUCUGCAGCUUGUAUGGCAGUUUACUGACGGUCACCCUGAUGAGUGUGCAGCGCUACGUACAGGUUCUGUACUCCCAGUACUGGGUGAGACUGCGUGGGACUGGGGAGAGGGUGCUGCUGGUGAGCGUGUGGGUCGUGGCCUGUGUCCUCACCUCGUAUUCUAUUGUUCUGGGGAAGGUGUUGAGGGAUGGCGGAAUUCCCCGUUGUGACACCAACUACAGCUCAGAUGGGCAGAGAUUGGCUGUGUUGCUCUCUCAGACAUUGCUGGGCUUUGUGAUUCCUUUCUCUGUCAUGGUCACAUCUUACUGCUGCCUUCACAAAAAAGUGAGUCAAAGAACCUUCUACAUUAACCAGAGGAUGAAAAGACUGAUCAUCAGCAUUGUAGUAACCUUCUUCAUAUUCUGGAUUCCAGUACAUGUUGUAAGUGUGACAGAAAUAUUUUCUAUCUUGCUAAAAUCAUCCCACCCGGCUGCAUCAGAUAAACUGGAGAAGUUUUGUAGCUUCAGCAGCAACAUUGUAGGAUCUUUCAGCUUCAUCAAUAGCUGCAUAAAUCCCUUCCUGUACGCCUUUGCCUUACGGUACCGUCAUCCGGAUGCAACUCCAUCCAAGAUCAUGCAGGAUGUCUCCACUAGCAACCUCUGACUCGUCUGACUUCGCCUUAUUCAUCUUUUCUUAUUUUGUCUCUGAAAUUUCUGAUUAUGAUUUAGUCUGAGACUUUUUCUCAUAAUCGUUAAUGUCAUAUUUAAAUAACGAGUUUCUUUUUGUCAAAGCUGAGUGACAUCCCUGUACCCCACUUGUGCUUUUGGUUCAUUUUAAUUGCAACGGGUCUCAUUAUCUUGAGAUAAGAAAAUACUUAUUUUCUACAGUGAGUCUUAGGCUACCUGCUGAGCCCCUGUGUUGAAAUAAAAUUCAUAUCGAGGGUUAAGUAAUGCAGAGGUGUCAUUAGCCCAGGGACCAUGAUAAAAUAUCUCAGCAGUGAAGCCUUCCUCCCCUCAGAGGUUUGUACUGACUGGCUCAGCUCUCCCGGCCUCAGUGGUUGGCUGUGAUCUUGUAUCGGUUACCAGUCACAGAAAUCAUACCACAAUCAUAGUGAGGCAGCACUAUGUUGGGAUUUCUGGUUUUCAUGCUUUUCCUUAUUUAACACUGCAUGGAAAUUAAAAUUUGUUUGAGCAAUAGUGUAAUUUCUCGCUUGUGACGUCCACUGUGUCACAAGUUCCUAAGAGCUUCCACUUGAGGAAGUAUUUUUUGCAACCUGAGGCUGUAAAUACAGUUUAAGGAGAUGAUAAGAAAAGCCGAAGAUAACAAAAGUAACAUUAAUCCACAAAUAGCAUGUAAAUAAUGAAAACACAAGCUAUUGUGGUUUAUGAUUCCACAUGAGUCCAUGACCAUGAAAGUCCAUGACCUGUGUGUUGAUGCUACAUCACCGGAACUGAUCAUAAAAAAUAAAACAUGAAACGGUCUGAACUCUUUUGGUCUUUUUUGUGCAGUUAUUACUAAUAGGAAGUUGAUGAUUAAUCUUAUAUUAAUCUUAAUGGUUAGAUAUUACUCACUAAAUUUCGGGCAUCCUGGGGCUGUGGUCUUAGCACGUUGUAAUCAGUUUGCUAUGUGAAAGACAGACACAUUUUGCACGUUCUUACUCAUUGAAGUCAGGCAGAAUGUCAAUCCUUAAUUAUUUAGAGUCUGAAUAUAUUAAACUCUUUUAAAAAAUUUAAAACCAUCUUCAAUGACAGUGACAUCUUGAUUACUGAUGGAGAACUUGCGGGAUCAUCUUCUUUUUUUAUUGUAAAUCAGGCAGUGUUCAGAGUCAGCAGCCAU